ACAUCGAAAGCGAAAAGGGAGCUGACAGUAGAGGAGCUAUGCAGCCUGGAUCAGCAGGACUUGUGCCGAGGAUUCCCAUGUUCACAGCUACGGACAUUCUGACAAUGUGGGAUCAUUGAGACAUGAGCCUUGCUGCAGCUUAACAGAUUUUCUAAGAGAUACUCAUAUCAAUCAGAGAGUAGGCCAAUGGAUUCCAGGAUUCCUCACAGCAUCACUGUUGUGCCCAAUGCAGUCAUGGUGCAGCCUCUGCUGGAUGGGCGAGUUCCAUAUGGGAGGUUGCAGCACCCUCUUACCAUCCUGCCUAUCGAUCAGAUGAAAACCACUCAUCUUGAAAAUGAUUACAUUGACAACCCAGCUCUUAGCCAGCUGGCCAGUCAGAAACUCAGUAGGAGUCCUCAUGAGCCAAUUCUUGUCAAUCAACAUUUGCAGAGGUGUGAGGCUGAUAUCACCCACCCUUGGAUAUCAUUCAGCGGGCGUCCCAGCUCAAUUAGCAGCAGCAGUAGCACUUCUUCAGAUCAGAGACUUUUGGAUCACAUGGCUCCACCUCCAGUGGUGGAUCAGUCACCACCCAGGGCAGUAAGGAUACAGCCUAAGGUCAUCAAUUGUAAGCCUCAGGAUGUCAAAGGUCCUGUGGCCCAAGAACUAGACAAGCACUAUCUACUUUGUGAGGCCUGUGGUAAAUGCAAAUGCAAAGACUGUACUACCCCACGGACCUUACCUUCAUGCUGGGUUUGCAACCAGGAAUGUCUUUGCUCAGCACAGAAUCUGGUCAAUUACUCAACUUGUAUGUGUCUGGUCAAGGGAGUCUUCUACCACUGCACCAACGAAGAUGAUGAAGGCUCCUGUGCAGAUCACCCAUGUUCCUGCUCUCACUCUAACUGCUGUGCUCGCUGGUCUUUCAUGAGUGCCUUAUCGUUGGUCCUUCCUUGCUUGCUUUGCUAUCUUCCAGCCACUGGGUGCGUUCAACUUUCUCAGAAAUGCUAUGACCAGGCAAGUCGACCUGGUUGUCGGUGCAAAAAUACAAACAGUGUCGUGUGCAAAGCACCAGAAGCAGUCUGCAGACCAGAGAAGCCAUUCUGAGACUGAGGGUGUUUUAUGAAUUUUGUUACAAAGAUGCAUCAUGCAGGAAAAAUGAAAGACUCCAAACAGAAUAUCCUCACCUGAGGCUUUAACUUCAGAUUUCUUAAAUGAGGGGGUCGAGCAAUGCUUAGUAUUACACAAAGGGAGAGGAGGGAAUGCAGAUUGUGUAUUGCUGUUGCUGCUGCGAACCAUUUCCAAAUCCUGUGUGCUUACUCGAUGGCCAUGGGAGAUAUCUUGAAGCUACUAGCUACCUGUAUUUUAUCUACAGCUACCAUUAGGAAAUGAGAUUUGUGCUUCUCAGUUAGCAUGGAAGCUCGCCAGCUCCAGUUCUUCCUCACAAGCUUCUCCCUGAAAGUUUCAGUAUGCAGCUCAAUUCCACCUCCAUGGAUGUGCGAGGGCUCUGCUGCCAUUUUGUUAUGUAACAUUUUUGUGUCUGUGGUUUAUUGCUGUUUUUGUAUUUUUAUAUACUGUACAUGUAUUACUUUCCCUAUACAAGUAUUUUUAUAUUUUUGGCUAAUGAAGGCAGUUAGGAGAUAAGAGUGCCAAGGGUACUAAUGCAAUCAACAUGGUGGCUACAUGGAGCCUUCUUCCUCCUCUGUGUUGAAUAUGUUCCUCCCUGCCUAUCAUUAGCCAGCCAUGCUGCCCUUUUCUAACACUCCUGUUUAUGGGAAAACUGUCUUCUACCAGUCCCCCUCCAUCAACAUAUAAAACAUUCGUAUUUCAAGAAGUCAUUGGUUAAACCUUCUAAUGACAAGGGAGACAUCCCAGCAAUGGCAGCACUGGGCCACCUCUUAGUGCAUGGCAGGAGCUAGUGCUGCUCUACUGCUGGAAGUAUAAGAGCACAAUACCCAUUUUGUAACCAGAGACAACAAAAGCAUAGUGUUCAGGAAAGAGCAUAACACGGAGGAACGUGAAUCCAUCACCCAAUCAAAAAAAAUCUGACUUCAUUUUCAUUAAGUGUCAUUAUUAUGGGGAUUGAUAACUGCAUGUUAACUUUAUUUGUUUCCUUUGCUGCUGCUCUCUACCUUGGCCCUAUUGUAAAAUGGCACCCUGUAUAUCUGUGUAAAUAUACAUAGAGAGAUACAAAAAGUCUAUUUUAGUGUUCUAUAUCUACCGGGGUAAGGUCAGCGGAGCUAUGGGGAAAUUCACCCAUGUGUGUUGCUGUGGUUGUACUAUUUUUCUGUUUUCUAUAUAAUUAUAUCUGUAUGAUUACUUACAUUAUGACUGGUUGCUCGCUCACAUAAGAGUGAAUUCUGGCAUCCCUUUUACAGCAACCAGCCAUCGUUUUCGGCAAUUAAUAGGUGCUAGUCUCACUAAAAUAUCAUGUAGGUUAUGUGUUACAGGGGGAACAUCAUUAGCAUAUGGCUCAUUUACAUAGAAUUGUUGCAUUGAAACCUCUUUUUUCUUUUGUGUCAUGUCACAAAACCCAUAAGGGAUAAUGGUACAGGAUGUGACAACCCUUCAUUCACCUUCCCAGUGACAACUCACAUAGCAGCUUUUUAAGCAAGUGACUCAAAAAUAAUAUAUUAUCUACACGGGUCACUUUUAAGUUUUUCCUUGUAUUAUUCUUCUUCGGAACUGCUGCAAAUCUAGCACUUUGUCAUAUUUAUUUGUUUUUUUAAUUUAAAUAGCAGGAUGGAAAACUUUUGUGUAACGAAGGUACUUACACCCUUCAUGUCUGGCAGUUUUGCAUGAAGUUUCCCCUGUAGAGCAGCAAUCUGCUUUGGUAUUGAGAUCUUUGCUGAAUGUGUGUUGAUUUGGGCAGAUUUCUCGUGGUUUGAUUAUUACAUUACUGUUCCACCCUAAACAAUAAGUCUAUUUCCUUUAGUGACUUUGUGCCAAUGAUAAACGCUACCAAUUAUAGGGUCCUUGUCGCAUACUCCUUUUCAGAUAUGUGGCUACAGUGCAAUCAAUUGGCCAUAUGAACUGGAACCUAAAAAGUGAUACUUUAGUGCCAAACUUCAGUAUUCCCCUUUCUAACAUGGUGUUCGUUACAUACAAUCACAGGCUGUCAUUAUUAAACAGAAAUGCUAAAAUUAAAGCCAGCCAUGUACAUAGGAUUGCUGUUGGCCAAAUGAACGUUCAGCCUAUAGCAGUCUCCCGACUGCCCCAUACACGUGCAUCUGCGGCUCGCCACAUGUAUGGGCUCUGAAGGGGGAGUAGAGAGAAAUCAGACCCCUCUGGCAGCAACUUCCCUGAGAACUUAAGGACCAGACAUGUUGAAACCUAACUUGCCCAAUCCUUCCCAUUGCCAAGUUUGGAGGCCGCAAUACAGAUGGUUGGCUGGUCCUGCCAAAAUCAGCAAAUUUGGCUGAUGUUUCUGUAAUGUCUAUAAGCCGGAUUAAGUCAGUCACCUCAAGGUUAACUAUAAUAAGCUAAUCUGUAAAAUAAGUAAUAGUAAAUCAUGUUAUUUGUCAACAUUUUAGUUCUCUUUAUGAGGAUUUUUAUUUAUUUUUUAUUUUUUGAGAAUUCAAUUUCUGUAUUUACGUUUCACCCCAGGUAAUAACUGUAGGUGCAGAAGCCAUAUGCAAUUAGCUUCACUUCUGACAUUUUGUUACAGCUUCCACUAAGCAGACAAUACUAAGAAUGGCUGAUUUGAAAUUUCUUCCCUUACCUGUGUUCAGAGGGGGCAGAUAUUUUGCAAAUCAAACCAUCAUAUCCUGAUUAUAUAUCCAUCUACAGGUAUAUGGCUUAGGGUACUUUCACACUAGCGUUUUUGUUUUCCGGUAUUGAGUUCCGUCAUAGGGGCUCAAUACCUGAAAAGAACCAUCAGUUUUAUCCCCAUGCAUUCUGAAUGGAGAGCAAUCCGUUCAG